AUGUCUGCGGUGGCGUCCAAAGUGGACUACUGGAUGUUGGAGCGGUAUAGUCAUGAAUAUCAUCUUUCUCUUGUGCUUGGGAUCCAGGUUCUAUCGUCGUCGUCUUCUAUUCUUGAUGCCCCACCUGGUAAGGUUGGAUUUUAUCUUCAACAUCUUGCAUGUGGAUUGUGGUUACCCCCGUCUUGCUUCUUCUUAGAGGUUCUCUGUUUUUACAAAGUUCAUCUUAUCCAACUGUUUCUAAAUGCGGUGUCCAAGAUUGUUACUUUCGAAGUGUUUUGUGUUGCUCAUGAGAUACCGCUUGAUGUUUCCUUGUUUCAUUAUUUUUAUCGCUUAAAGAAGUAUGGUGACUGGUUUUCUUUCUGUAUUCGUCACUUUCCUCUGUCUCCGGAUUUGGUUCACUCGAGUAGGAAUUGGAAAAAUGGGAGUAAAUUCUCUUUCCAACUGACGGCUUAUUUGGGUAGUGAUAUCCCACCCAAGUCCAUUGUGGUGGAUGACGUGGUUCCUGACCAAAAUGUGGACCAGGUGACUGUGACACUUGAGUCGCCUCUUGCACUCCCAGGUGGGUGUUGUUUGUAUGUGUUGUUUAAGGAAGAGUUGAAUGAAGCGUGCCGGUUUAUAACUCGUGAAGAAAAAAUUUUCUCCUCUAUGCUAGGGCAAGAUCUCCAAUUUUUUUAUGGGUUGCUGACCUUGCAAAAUCGGUUUUUGGCUGCGGUCGUGAAUGUACGUAUUGGAAAAGGCAUGAAUCUUUUCAGUGAGGAAAUGUUGCUCAAAGCUGGAGAGAUGUAUGUUAUCAAUACGUUAUCGGGAUGCUGCGGCCAAGGUAAAGUCUUUAGAAGAUCAAGGGACGCUCGUCCAGGUGAAGUAUGA